GAUGCUCAGCAAAGCAACAUGGCGGACGGUGAAGCAGUAAUAAAUCUCAAGAAACUGAAGGUAGCUGAGUUGAAAAAGGAGCUUGCUGAUCGCGGCCUCUCCACUAAGGGAAACAAAAGCGAUUUACAAGAACGGCUAGAAAAAUGUCUAGCAGAUCAAGGUAUGGUGGUCAGCCAAGAUGAAAGUGAUGACAUUGUUGAUGAACACGAUCCUGAUGAUGACCUAGAUAAUGAUGCUGACGACUUGGAUGAUGUAGAUGUUGGAGAUGUUUCAGAACACCUUGAGGCUGAGGACUUGGACACAAAAGAGACAGAAGACGAUAAAGAAGUAACUCAGGAAGUUGCAGCUAAUGAAACAGAGAAGAAAACAACAGUUGGUUCAGUCAAAAAGGUGCCCAUUACACCUCCUGGAAAAGUUGCUGGUCAAGUAACAUUAACUGAUGCAGAGAAAAAGUCAAAGAGAUUAGAAAGAUUUGGCAUGUCUCCACCGGUGACAGAUGUUGAGAAAAAACAGGCCAGAGCUCAGAGGUUUGGUUUUUCAAGCCCAGCCAGUAAUGGAAGUGCUAAGAGUUCACCCAUUGUUGGGGGAAAGCUUGAAGAAAAUGACAAAUUGCUGAAGAGAAAACAGCGGUUUGGUGUAACUAUUUCAGGAUCUGCAGGAGACAUCUCAGAUGCUAAGAAGAAGAGGGCUGAAAGAUUUGGGCUCUGAGGCAAACUUUUUUUAACCAAUUGCUUGCUUUGGAGAAUAGAACUGCGACAAAGAAGACACAACCUUUAUGAAAAGUUACAUCUUUCAAUAAUCCAGUGGGUUAGUUUUGAAUACUACUGCUUGUAUAUCUAAAAAGGAGGCCAGCAAAAGCAGUGGACAUUCAAAAAACAGCUCCAAGGUUUAUCAGGUUCUGUUUGAUGAGAGGCCAGCAGCUGCAAUCUUCUGUUUUGUAAAUGUGGCUCAUGUAGAAGGUCUUGUUGAUGGUAAUAGUUUCUGUGACAAUGGUGGCUCCAUGUUGGCACACAGUGGUUUGCAAUAGUAAGGCUGAUGAUGUCUGCACUGGAUGAUUGACUGAAAGCGCAAGAUAAUAUGUUUGGGUUAGUUAUUGACAGGGAUUUAUUCAAGUUUUGAGAACUACCAAGGCUAUCUUUUUAUUUCAACAUAUAUACUUUCUUCCAUAAACUUUUUUCUCUUUGGACCUAAAUAUUUAUGCCUUUCACUGUUAAAGUUAUGAAUUGGAUUAUUUUUCCAGCCAUCAAAUUACAAUUUUGACUUCCCACACUACAAUUGCAGUUGCUUUCCUUUGGAUUGACAAUGAAAUGGUGACAAAAGGUAGUUCACUUGUCCUUGAAGUCCACAGGUUCAAAGAACUAGUCAAUGCAGCAAUUUCCGGUGAAAUGUAUUUUUUAUUCUCAACCACAUCACCAGGCUCCAUAGCACUGGUUAUUUUGGGAAGACAUGUUUCCAAAACCCUUCUUAAUUUGUGCACAUAGAAACUUUCUUGAGUUCCAUUUUUUGUAUCCUACAAAUUUAUUUUAUGCUCCAGAAGUCUAGUGUUCAGUUAUUAUCUGAAUGUUUUUCAAAAUUCUCAACUGAAAUACAUUGUGUCAUAAUUCCUUGACUUAUUGGCUAAGUUUCAAAUAGCACUCUUUGCAUUGCUGGUAUACCAAAGGGGAUGCCUCACUCACAGAAGUAUUUUCCUUGAUGGAUCUUGGUUAUCUUCAAAUUGACCAAGAACUAAAAGUUUUCAUCUUCAGCAAUAUAAUUAGAAAUACUUGUACAAUAACAGCAAUGAAUAAAGGCUGAUAGUUUCUAAAGAAACGGUUUAGGGCUGCGUCGGUGGGGGUAACGAAAUAAUUUGAAUAUAUCAACAAAGUUGACUGUUAAGUAUAAUAACAUAGUUACUGUUAAGCAAUCUGUGUAACAAUAUGCUGGCUAAAAGAUAAAACUGCUGCAUGUUUCAUAUGGCUUAAUAGUGUAGUAAGGCAUCCAGGACAAUUUAAACAACAUAACACGAUAAAUUAAUGUAGGUUUUGUAAACUUAGUCUUUAGACACAGCCCAUUUAUUGACUGUAAAGAGAACCCAAACGUUACUGUUCAUUGUGCUUUUCCAUAUUAUCUGUAUAGUAAUAAAGGUUUUUACACUG